AUUUUUAUAGAACCGGAUAGUCUAAAAUACUAUAUUUAAGGACUUUUCCAAUCGAAAAAACAUAAGAAAUGAAAUCUAAUACAAAUCAAAACGUCUUAUAAUAAAGACGAAAAAAAUACCAGUGGAUAGUUAGCGAGUCCUGGGUGUGUCACUCGCUCACCAGUCAUCACGCAUUUUCCCCCAUAAUAUCUCCAAACAAUUUUCUUUCUUUCUUUUUUUUUAAAAAAAUGGUAACAGUACUCUUCAAACGGAGAAGUCCCGGAUAAAAACUAGUGGGACCAGUAAAGUUGAAGGGGAAAAAGGAGAAAAUAAAAGGGGAAAAGAUAUAUAUUAUAAUGUAGUAUAUAUGUAUGGAUGAAGUGAAGUGAUAGGAUCCUGGUAUUGAAUAUAUCCAGAACUCCAAUCAUGGCGGCAGCAGCAUCAUCCACGACGACGUCAUCAUCGCAUGAACCACAAAAUCAAAACCUCCAACUGAAUCUUCAAAACAUGCUCCAAACCCAGACAGAUUCCUGGGCUUACGCCAUUUUCUGGCAGAGUUCCAACGACGACAGUGGGCGGAUCUUCCUGGCUUGGGGAGACGGCUAUUUCCAAGGCGGCAGAAAGGAAAACAAGAGUGGGACGGCGGCGAGCACCAGCAGCAGCUCAGGGAUACAUCAAUCAGAGAGGAGGAAAGUGAUGAGAGGGAUUCAAGCACUGCUGGGAGAAGUGGGGGCGGAGCAAAACGACGACGACGGUGACGGUGUGCAGCUGGAUUGUGAGGUGACGGACGCGGAAUGGUUCUACGUGAUGUCGCUGGCGCAAACAUUCAGGGUGGGAGAUGGUACGGUGGCCGGGAAGGCAUUUAGUACGGGAUCCCUGAUAUGGCUGAGCGGGGGAAACCAGCUGGGUGGUUACAAGUGCGACCGAGCCAGAGAUGCUCAGAUCCACGGGAUCGAGACCCUGGUGUGCAUCCCCAUCCCGGGUGGAGUCUUGGAGCUGGGUUCCGAUGACGUCAUCCCCGAGAAUUGGUGCUUAGUCCAACAAGCCAUGUCCCUCUUCGGAUCAAGCAAUGAUAUCAGUCCUCCUCCCCUGGCGGCGCCGGCGCCGGAAGGGUCUGCUGGUCACAACAACAACAACAGUACCACUAGUACUAGUAGUAAGGGGGGGACCAUCCAGUUGGGGGUGGAUUCGCCGGAGCACUCGGACUCGGACUGCGUGGUGGUGGCGGUUGGUGGGGAGGAGGAUGACUCUUCUGGCCGGAGACGGGGAGGAAUUAUUAGGAAAGCCGGCGGAGUAGGUGGAGGAGGAGGAAGGUGGAGGAAGGCGGGAGGGGAUGUAGAAGCGCGAGUGUUGAACCACGUGGAAGCGGAGAGGCAGCGGAGGGAGAAGCUGAACCACCGGUUCUACGCGCUGAGGUCAGUGGUGCCCAACGUGUCGAGGAUGGACAAAGCAUCUCUGCUGUCGGACGCGGUGUCGUACAUAAACGAGCUCAAGGCCAAAGUGGCCCGACUGGAAGCCCAGAUCCAGCAGCAGAACAGCAGCAGAAAGAGGAUGAAGAGGGAGCAGCAGUCUGAAGCAGACAAUCACUACCACCAGUUGAGCAGCAGCUGCAGCCAGAGCACCGCCCCCGGGAAUUCGUCAUCGUCGUUGACGUCGGCGGCGUCGGUGCAGGUAGAAGUCAAGGUGGUUGGGGCGGACGCGAUGAUAAGGGUGCAAUCCGACAACAGUAACUAUCCAGGAGCAAGGCUGAUGGAGGCAUUCCGGGAAAUGGAGCUCCAGGUCCACCAUGCCAGCAUGUCCAGCGUCAAUGAUCUCAUGCUUCAAGAUGUCGUCAUCAAGCUUCCUAAUGCCGGCUCCAGUAUUAAUCAACGCGCACUCAAAGCCACUCUGCUCUCCAAGUUAACCACAACCACAACCCAACCCCAUCUUACUUAAUUCAUCAAUGCAUUUCUUCCUUUUCAAUAAGUACUAAGUAGUAACAAAAUAUCCAACCCUUAAUUAGCCAGCUGGUGGUUAAUUUAAUAUUGGAGGUACACAAUCUACUGCAUGCUGCUUGUAAUUUUGUUGUUGUUGGAAUGAUCCUCACGCGAUUGUAGUGAGUGAUAUAUAUAUCUAGGACUAUACAUCUUCUUAACCUAUCUAUCUUUAUCUAUCAUCUUAUAUGUCAGUCACAUACGACGAAGGAGGAAAAUUAUUAGUGAAAUAAAAAUAGGGAAUUAUGGUUGUGACUACAACUCUUAUUUAUUGACCUCAUAUUAGAAGUGAUCCAAGUAGAAACCAAUUGAAUUAAUUUGUAAAUAGGAGGGUAAAAGUUUAAUGUGGUAUGCAUACACACAUACACGUGUAUGUUU